CGUCGGAAGGACCCGUACAUACCACUAUGAGCUCAGGCUUCUCUCCUACGAAAAUAGAUGGCGUUUCGACUACGACAACUGUAACGGACGGACCUACCACCUCUUUUGGUUCAACAGAUGAAGUUACAACUUCAACGACAGCAGGAGACACAUUAUCGACAACGGAUUCAAGUAUACCUAUUGCAGUCGCAUAUAAAACAGGAGCUAAAACACAAAGUGAUAAAUCAACUACUUCGUCAACCACUCUUACAUCGGAAGAACCCCGACCGUCAUCCGUAGCUGACAAGUCUACCACGCUUGCAGAACCAACUACGGAAAAUUCGUUCGUAACUCCAUUAACUACAAUAAAAGAAGAAGCAAUUACUCCAGAUACAACUAUAACACCUAAGAAAAUAACAACUAUAACCCCUAAGGCAAUAACAACGGAAGAAAGCAAGCCGACUACACUAACGGACUCUGUUUCAACUACUACGGAAAGAACAUCUGCUGACAAACUUGGAUCUGGACAUGAAAUUAAUUACAGUGUCUACGGAUACCUGGCUCUGUCUCUCCUGUUGGCUGCUAUUGUCAUCUGGAUCAGCUAUAUGAUAUACACUAGACAUCAAGCGAACAGUUAUGUCUUACCACCGCCUGCCCCAGAGGCUACGCCACUCAACCACAUCACAACUGCCGCGUAGUCAUGACGGAGUUUAAACAACCAGUGGCGUAACUAGG